GCGACGAGUACUUUCGGCGGGAAACAUGCCUCUUGGCAGUCUUGGCCAGCGUCUGUUGUUUGUCGCAGUUCGUCAUCAUCGAGCAGCUUGUGUGUCUACGACGCGCGUUUCUCAACGAGUUUUAGUGUCACAUGAAGAAUAUUACGGAAGAUAUAAGAAGCGACAUAAAGCAAAAAACAGUUGUAUCAUGGAAAUGCUUCACAACAACCCAUUCACAAUCUGUAUAGAGGGAAAUAUCGGAAGUGGUAAAACAACGUUCUUGAAUCACUUCCAGAGCUUGAAUAAUGCUACAAUUUUGCAAGAACCAAUGGAAUUGUGGCAAGACGUGGCUGGAAUAAAUUUAUUGGAUCUUUUCUACAAGGACCCAGUGCAUUACGCCUUCUUGUUUCAAUCGUACGUUCAGUUGACUAGACUACAGUUACAUACGAUGGCUACACCAUCGCCCUAUAAAGUUAUGGAAAGGUCCGUGUUUAGCGCAAGAUGUUUCCUAGAAAACAUGAAGCGUACGCACAUGAUACAGGAUGUAGAAGCGAUAGUUUUAGAAAAUUGGUAUGAUUGGUGUAUGGAAAACACGAAUAUAAGGGCAGACUUAAUAAUAUAUCUAAGGACAACACCUGAAGUCGUAUUUCAAAGAAUGCAAGCACGUGCACGCAAAGAAGAGGAUUCUGUGUCGUUGGAAUAUUUGAAACAAAUUCACGAAAUCCACGACGACUGGCUCUAUAGACAAACUCUAUUUUCUUUACCGGCGCCGGUUAUGAUCAUAGACGGUGACAAAAGUCUCGAGGAAAUGGUGCCACAAUUUGAGAAAUGUAAAGACCGUAUAUUCAACGAACACAUUGAUGGCACAACAAAUCCCAGAAUCGUAUUAAAUAUUAAAGCAUAA